GACGCAGCCGGCAACCGAAUCGAUCCCAUCUCCGAUCUCCCUGCCGCUGACUCUUCGUAGCCGCCGCCCACGUACGAGUUCGUAUGUUGCCACCGCGGCCGCCGCGUCCCAGGGCAGGGCGGCUAGAAUCCCUAUCGUCGGGAUUGCCCCCGCCGAACUCCGUGCCAUGGCGAGAUCCAGCAGGCCAUGGCGGCGAUCAGCGCCGGGACAGGACAUGGAGCUGCUCGUCAAGGUUGGACGCGCGGUUGCUGCUGGAGCGGCUGCGGAACAAGAGGCUGGUCUUCAUGGGGGACUCGCUGAACCAGAACCAAUGGGAGUCGAUGGUGUGCCUGGUGUCGUCGGUGAUCCCGUCGCGCGACCAAAAGUCUCUGGCCAAGUUCAUGGGGCCCAACGGCUCUCUCAACGUGUUCACGACGGCGGAGUACAAGGCGACGGUGGAGUUCUACUGGGCGCCGUUCCUGGUGAGCUCCAACUUGGACGACCCGCAGGUGCACAGCGUGGCGGACCGUGUUAUCGCCUGGCGGUCCAUCGCCAAGCACGCCCGGCACUGGCACGCCGCCCACUUCCUCGUCUUGAAACCUACGUCUGGUGGCUCAACAACUUUGAGAUGAAAGUGUUGAAGAAUCCUCGGGCGUUGCCGGUCAAGUACAUGCUGGUGGACUGGCCGGUGGCGUACAAGGAGGUGCUCAAGACGUGGGCAAACUGGGUGGACCUCGGCGGAGGAGACGAGAGAAGGCCACGGUCUUCUUCUCCCCCCUUUCCGACCCGAAACCCAUAUCUAUCCAUCCGAGGAGAGAAGACCGCAGGCGGAGGAGAGGAGACGCGGUUGAGGUAAGAGGAGUCAAAUCCCAAACCUGCUCCUCCCCACGCGCCGCCGACCCACCCGCAACAUUCUUUCCGGUGUUCCAGGGGAAACAACAGCAAGAUGGUGGUGCAUGUCUUUGGGUAUGGGUCCCUGAUCUGGAACCUCGGCUUCGAUUUCGACGAGAAGAUCCUGGGAUUCAUCAAGGGCUACAAGCGAACGUUUAAUCUCGGCACCCGGAGUCGUGCGGCGACCUCACCGUCCUCCUCUUCCACAUCGUCCUCGACUGCAAGUUCGUCGCCUCUCUACGAGACCGGCAAAGCCAAGCUCAUCGGCCUCUCAGUUCAGAGCAACGUCCAGGUGGAGGAGCAGAAGAAGCUAGACGUGCUCUCUGAUGAGGUGUUGGUCAAUGCCCUUGUCAGCAGCGGCCGCAUCUGUGUUCUUGUGUCCGAGGAGGACGAGGAGGCUUCAUUCGUGGAUCGAAAGCACCAUGGGAAGCGUUCUUCAGGUGUGCAAAAUUACUUCUGCGGUGAGCCGACAUCUGGUGAACUUGACGAGUACUUCCUGACGGUUGAUGUCCUGGAGAACUAUGGACUUCUGUAGAAGAAAAAAAACUAGAGUAUCUUCGGGCUAUAUCCCUGUUUGAUCUAUAAAUGUUCGGCAAAAUCACUUUGCUUAUCAAAAAGUGUGGACAUUUGCUUAUAAGAUCACAGUUUUAGUACUCUCCUUGAGGCUGAUUUAUUGCUCUUUGCAUUGAAGUUUUCAAAGUAAUGGCAUUUUAUCUCUACAUUGCUAGCAAAGUGAGGUGCCAGAGAUAAAUGAAACUCCAUGCCAGUGGUGCUGCCUUGAUUAUAAUACAUCCAGAAGAAAGACAUAAGCUCCUCUGUUCUAAUAGCACUUUAUUCUUAUGAAAUCUGGUUUUGAGCAUUUUAUUACGGAGGGCAGCAUGGUUUGUUCAAGGAUCAGAUGUUACUCGUGCUUCUGAAUGCCAUGUUUCAGAGCUGAUAGCACACGCUUCAGAAAGACAAUUGUAGAUGAUGCGAAUAACUUAAGUUUUCUUCAAGCAUAAGUACACUGUAUGCACUAUGAAACAGAUUAGGAUAUUAUUACUUACAGAAAAAAGCUGCAUGAAAGCAAUUAUAUGGAGUUUCAAACAGGAAAGAAAUCACAAAAGAUCAGUUUUUCCCUUUCCUUUUUAAGCAGCUUUCGUUUCUUGUACCACAUUGCAAAGUAGGUGAACUCUGACUAUAACCAAAUAGUACUUUGCUGUUUUUGUGUAUUCUUAACUGUACACUUGUCCAUGCAUAUGAAUUUCUUUAAUUUUAAAUACCAAUACUGGUUUUGAAAAGACUGGUUCAUAUAAUAUGCUUAAUUAUGUUGUGGUUUUUCUGUACCAAGGAAUGAUCCUGGUGAGUGGUUAAAAUAUUUGUUGGCACAUGUGGCUGUGUUAGUGAGAGGUCAAUAUGCAGCCUUUUCCACUAAUUAGCUUGAUUUUGAUAAGUUCAGAUUCUGAGAAGGAAAAGAAAGCCUCAGGGGCAGAGUAUUCAGGAGGACACCAAUCCAAACCCAUGUCUGAGGCAGCUUGAAAGAAGGUUUGCUGCAGGGAAGAGAUGGAAAGAGCGAAAUAGAGAUGGCAGGGGCGUGAUCUGUUGUAGGUAUCAAGUGAAGUAAUCCUUCCUUCCCCGCUGUUUGUUUUCGCAAGUCUGUUUUGCACAACUCUGUUUGCAGUGCGUGCAGUAACUUAUCGAUUGCAUUUUGAGGGUUUUAGGUGUCAAAUAUGACCGAACCAUUAAAAUAAAAGUUGUAUAUCUUUUCAAGACCUUUCCAACGAAUGCUUAUUUCCAAUUUUUCUUCAGGUAUUCUAGGAGAUAUGCCUAUAUGAAAUUACUGUUAGUUUUCGUCAGACUGCAGUUUCAGUCAUGACUUCCUAUUUUGCGGGCGGUUUAAAGUAACUUCAAGGCUGAAUCUGUCCAUGGAGCUAUGGAUGUAUUUUCAGUAUUUGGUUUGAGAUUUCCAUGGAUAAUUUAUUCUCAAUUUUUCGCUGAGUAUAGUGAAAGAUACAACCUUCUGAAUGUGAGAUCUUCCUGAAACUAUAUAGUUUCGGUUGUGAGUUUCAAAUUGGUUUACCAUUUUAACGGUACUUAGAGGCCGAAUGUAUUGUCUUGAACGAAACUGUUGCAUAUUGCUUUAGAGGUUUUCUGAUACGGUCACAGCUGCCGCAACUAACGAAUCAUUAACUCCCUCAUCGUGUAACUUCCCUGCUGCAGGUGAUUGGAUCAGCGAACCUUCUCUGUAGUUUAAGAUUUGAUCAGUUGGAGGAACGUGGUAAGUCCCUGGCAAAAUUCUUUCGCCUUGUUAAUUCUGCGUUUUUUAGCAGUGCAGCUGGUCCAUGUUGUACCAUCAGAGUCAUCGAUCUUUGACAGAAUGUAAUGCAUGAGCAGUAUAGUAUUCUCUCAUAUUAUGUGAACCCUCAGAUACCUUUCCAUGAGACUGAAACCAACUGUUUCCCAAAUUCUUA